AUGGUUUCGAAUACAAAUCCUGCUAAUGCGACCCGUACAACUACCACGUCUGGUAAUUCUAACCCUGGUACUGAAGGUUUUAGUCCUUUCACACUUGAUUCCUCCCAUGUUUUCUAUGUCCACCCGUCUGAUAGUCUUGGUUGCCAACUUGUGGUUGCUCCUUUCAAUGGCUGUGGUUUCGUUACCUGGAGAAGUAGUAUGUUAACCUCCUUAUCAGCUAAGAACAAACUAGGGCUUGUUGAUGGUAGAAAUGAUAAACCAGUAGUUGAUUCUCCAUUUUUUCCUUAUUGGGAAAGAUGUAAUGACAUGGUGAAAGCUUGGAUAACCAACUCUGUGUCUAGGGAGAUAGCUACUAGUGUAGUGUGUAUGAAAAUUGCUAAGGAACUUAGAAACUUGUGGGAUGAACUUAAUGGUGCUUAUGUUGGGCCAACAUGCACAUGUGGAGCCUUACCCAAAUUCAUUCAGGACCAGCAGCUUUUUCAAUUCCUAAGUGGUCUGAAGGAUUCAUACUCCACAGUCAAGAGUAACAUCUUAAUGAUGCAUCCACUUCCUUCCAUAAGUAAAUCAUACUCCCUCAUACAGCAAGAUGAGAGUCAAAGAGAAAUUCUUCCUUCUAAUUCAAGUUUCUCAAGUGACUCUACUGCCUUUCUAAGUUCUGGGCCUUACAACAAUCCCAACAAGCUCACUCAGAAGGUGAAUUUUGAAUCAAGAAGAGGUGUAGUUCCUAAUGGACCUACUGGUUUUGACACGAGAAGGGGUUUGGGGCAUGGUGCAACUACUGGUCAACCUGGUGGUCUUCAUUUUGCAUGGGUACCCCCUGAUUUCAAGUUCAUAAAACCCAGAAAGUCAGCAUCUUGUGUCCAAACUGAGGUCCCUCUACUUGAUCCUACUCCCCCAUCUGUUCCAAAAAGUAUUCCAGCUGCAGCUCAUGGUUUUUCUCCUGAGCAACUUCAACAACUUCAGGCCAUGUUUCAUCAGGCUCCCUUGUCAUCUGCUGGUUAUGGCUCUGGUCACAUUUCUUCAGAGGAAUCAGGUUUUGCUCAUUUUGCAGGUUUGUUUACUGCAUAUGCUUUCAUCACAAUUUUUUUUUCAAAUGUUUGUAAUACUGUUCCUUCUGAUUCUUCUAUUUCUGCUUGCUUCCCUGAUAAUUCCAACAUGCAAUUCAACUUUGUAAAUAGUCCUAAGAAUUUCCCUGCUACUUGUGUUCAAAUUUCUAUUUGUAAUCAAGCUUCUGUUGUGAAUAAAAUGGACAUCUUUUGGCAUCAACGACUUGGCCAUAUGCCUUUUCACAAAAUGGCCUCUAUCCCUUUCUUAUCAGAUAAAGUUUCUUCCACACAACCUUUUGUCUGUCCAGUUUGCCUUAUGGCUAGACAACAAAGAUUACCCUUUCAUGAUAGCACAAUUCACUCCACAGCUCCUUUUCAACUGAUCCACGUAGACACUUGGGGACCAUAUAACACUAGGACUUAUAAUGGGUUUCUGUAUUUUUUGACUCUGGUAGAUGAUUACACAAGAAUAACCUGGACUCACCUUCUUUCUUGCAAAAGCAAUGCUCUUGCAGUUCUCAAAGCUUUUACCUCCAUGAUUACUGUCCAUUUCAAAUCUAAAGUCCAGACCUUUAGGUCAGACAAUGCUUAUGAGCUUGGUAGUAGCACUGAAGCUGUUGCUUUCUUUUCCAGCCAAGGGAUACUUCAUCAAACUACCAUUCCACACUCCCCACAACAAAAUGGGGUUAUGGAAAGGAAACACAAACAUCUUCUUGAAGUGGCUAGAGCUUUACUUUUUCAAUCAAACCUUCCUCUCAAAUAUUGA